AGCAAGAAAUUGUUGUUGUUGUCACUAGCUGUAACUUGUCCAAAUGAACGGACGCGUCACAUCCAGAUCGUUGCGCCUGGUUAGGUUCUGUACACAUAAUUAUGGCUUGAACAGGUCGCUCAUCUAUCGUAGCAUGUCAACCGGUGACAGUUCCGCUGGAGAUAGCAUAACGUACGCGCCCGAACCCUCUCAGGUUUCAGAGUUUUAUAAGAAACUAUUCAAGACAGAUAAUUACUUUGAAAGUGAUGAAUUAAAUUUGCAGCUUCUGACACACAAAUCCUUCAAUCAUGGUCAAACACCCUAUAAUGAGGGCUUCCGGGCAAUUGGACGGCAUGCAUUAGAACUGAGUCUCAUCAAUUUCUCAUUACAACAAACAAAUCAAUUGAAAGGAGUCUCCGAAAUGUGGCUUCAAAAUGCAUGCCGACCAGAAAACAUCAACAAGGUGGCCGAACAGUGGGGCCUGCAGCAGGUUAUUCGUUGGAAAACCCCAAAACUACGAGCUUCAGUUGAUACAAAACAGUCCGGGCUGGAACGUGUUACAUUCGAUACCAUGUUGGCCAUCAUCGGGGCCGUGUACAUGAGAAAAGGUGCUCGGACAGCUGUUGAUUUUUGCCAGAAGAAUUUGGUUCCAGCAUUAAUUAGACUACUUCAUAAUACCCCACGAAAACAAUCCUAAAGUCUUAAUGAUACGCGUAUUUUUUUGGUUAGUGAACGAAGACAAAAGAUUAAGGGUACAGAAAAAGAUCAACAUGAGGAUGCAGCGUAACGGGUAUCAUAGGCGUAUGGGU